AAUACCCUCCGUCUUCUGCAUAUCUGUGGCAGCGUUGCGCUCGACAGAGGGAAGUAAGAAAAAAAAAAACCCUAGUCAUGACGAUCGCAGCUCUAGGGCGGCUUCCUUUUCACCUAUACCAUUCUUCUCGACCACUCUCCCUCUUCGCCCGCUACUCCUUCUCCUCCGCUCCCUCGUCGUCAGCCAAGGUCGCAGACCGCAUCGUAAAGCUAUUCGCAAUCGAUCUUGAUGGCAACAAGCGGGAGGUAUUGGGCUUGACCGGACAAACCCUUCUGAAGGCCCUCACUAACGUCGGCCUCAUCGAUCCCGCGUCGCACCGGCUUGAGGAAAUAGACUCGUGCUCGGCAGAAUGCGAAGUUCACAUCGCGCAGGAAUGGCUCGAGAAGCUGCCGCCGGCGUCCUACGACGAACGCUAUGUGCUCACCCGCAACUCCCGCAAUCGCGUCCUCAACAAGCACGCUAGGCUAGGCUGCCAGGUCUUGCUCGACCACAAUCUCCAGGGCAUGGUCGUAGCCAUUCCGGAGCCCAAGCCCUGGGACACCCAGUGAAUAAAUGGGGGAGUCCUAGUGUUACCAUUCUGGUUUGUUUGGUCCUGUUAAUUAUGUCCAUCUGCUCAAAAUAAGAUAGAUUAUCUGGAACUGAUCUAUCUCGAUGCGCUUUUUUUUUAUUGUGAGGCAAUUAUGGUAUCUAAAUUGUUGAUUUCCCCAUUUUGUUAUUGGGAUCACAGGUUUUAUGAAUAUGGAACUUUUUUUUUUUCAUAUGGGUUUGUGAUUCUAGAUCUAUGAAUCUUUUGGGGUUUCUGCCUUCUUGGGGAUUUGAAACUUUGUAGGAUUUUGGCAA